CAGUGAAUUGUUAUGUCACAAUUUUACGAUCCGAUUUUUCCAUUAUUAUGAAUUGAUUUGAGGUGUCACAUAACAGUUUGAUACCUCAAAUAUGGCCACUAUAGUGCGUACCGCAUUUGUGAAGAUCAUCAGCCCUUCGGGGGGCAAGAUCGCAGCAUGCACAUUCAUCCAAAGCCGGAACAUAAACGGCAAGUCCCUCCGAGAGUCCCUGCCGCCCCGGCCCCCGAAGCCAGCGCCCUUCGACUAUGUCAACAAGGAUUACGGUAUGAUCCGUAGCUGGUUCGACAGAACGACCCACAGACUCGAUGAGAACUCUAAGGUGGUGGUGGUGGAGGGUCCGGUGGCCGCCGGCAAGACGGAGUUCGCGCGCGCGCUCGCCGCUGACCUCGGCAUGAAGCACUUCCCUGAGGCUACAAUGGACUACCACUACAUCCGGCCCAACGGCUAUGACCUGCGGAAGUUCGACGAUCAGAUCCCGGAAGACACAAGGAGCUAUGACCAUGUCAACUUCAACUGUGACCCUAUGCACCGCAAUGCUGGCGCAUUCCAGAUUAUGAUGUACGAGGCUCGCUAUGCGCAGUACAUUGAUGCUCUGGCUCACCUGUUGAACACCGGUGAGGGGGUUGUGUUGGAGCGGUCUCCGUACUCCGACUUUGUGUUCCUAGAGGCAAUGUACUCACAGAAGUACAUCAGUAAGGGGGUGCGGUCCGUCUACUACGAGAUCAGGAAGAACACUAUUGAGGAACUGCUGAGGCCACACCUUGUCAUCUACUUGGACAGGCCAGUAGACAAUGUCCAAGCAGCGAUCAAGGCCCGAGGCCACCCGCACGAGGUGAGCGGCAAGGCGCUGACUCCUGAGUUCCUCACGGAGAUGGAGCGUCUCUACAAGGACAAGUACCUGCGGGACAUCUCCACGCACGCGGAGCUGCUGGUCUACGACUGGACCGGCGGUGGUGAAGUUGAAGUGGUAGUAGAAGACAUAGAGCGUCUCGACUUCGACAAGUACGACGAACGUGAAGAACCCAAGAUGAAGGACUGGCGGCUCCCGCGCGAGAUGGAGUGGGCGGACAAGCGCAUGACGUACACCAACCACAAGAAUUACCUGCUCAAUCUGUUCAACGUGGCCCGGACUGAUGUGCCGGAGCUGAUUAUUGGAGCCGAUGACGCGUAUGCUAAGGACCAGGUGAUCCACAGCCACCCCGAGUUCGAAUACCUGGAGGGGUACAACCAAAACGACUCGGGACUUAUGCUGAAGAACAAAGUGCCCAAAUAUACGGAACAUCUGUAACACUGUUGUUAGUCUUAGUAGUAUCUAUGUAAAAUUAUCUAAUAAAAUUAUUUAAAAGUUUUA